AUGGUCGCUGCUCGUCGCAGGUCGAGUAGAGUGAAUGCGCAAGCAGUGCAGGCGUCGCAGGACUCAGCAGCCGAGCCCAACGACAGCGAGUCGCAAACCAACGGCCACAAUGAGCCUUCAGCCAAACGCUCCGCUGAGGAAGACCGCUGUCCUGCAUGUGAGCCCAAGGAUGAGCAAGGCUCGGGUGCCGAAACUCCAGCGGCAGAUAAGGAGAGCUGGGUCAGAUGCGAUGCCUGCAAAACGUGGUUCCACUGGAGAUGUGUGGGGCAAGGCGGUGGUGACCUCGAAGCGGUCGACAAAUGGUUCUGCACGCCAUGCCGAUCGAAAGAUCCAUCUCGUGUCAUAACGAUGAAGCCUCCUGCGCGCAAAUCAUCAAGAAAGCGAGCGCAACGUGACUAUGCUAACAUGCACUCGGGCGACAACGUGGAUGCGACUCGGUGGACAAAGAUGUUUGAAGGAAAGAAGAUUUCCCCAGAUAACUUCAGAAGAAUGCAGGGGAGCGAGGUCACGAUGGAAUGGUUGGAAGGGGACGAUGCCGCGCUGAAGACUCCGAUAGUCAUUGAAGACCCAGAAGGUCUUGGGAUGAAGAUGCCAGAUUCUAGCUUCACCGUCAGCGACGUGGCGUCCAUAGUCGGGGAGCAGACGCCUGUGGAAGUCAUCGAUGUCGCAUCGCAAGCUAAUUCGCCCGGGUGGACUCUCGGUAAAUGGGCUGAGUAUUACAACACCCCACCAGAAAAGCGAGACAAAAUUCGCAACGUUAUUUCGCUCGAAAUUUCUGGCACUUCUCUAGCCGACCAAGUGCUUCCACCUCGACUAGUUCGAGAGUUAGAUUGGGUGGAGAAAUUCUGGCCAGCCAACCGCAAGGGCAAAGGGCAUGCAUAUCCGAAGGUGCAGCUGUACUGUUUGAUGGGGGUGAAAAACGCAUGGACCGACUGGCACAUAGACUUCGCUGGCUCAUCGGUGUAUUAUCACGUUCUCAGAGGGGUUAAGGUCUUCUAUUUCAUCAAACCUACCCCUGCCAAUCUUGCGGCCUACGAGCGUUGGUCUGGGACCGAGAUACAGAAUCAUACCUGGCUCGGCGACAUGGUCGAUGAAGUCAUCAAGGUUGAGUUGCAUGCGGGCAAUACGAUGAUAAUCCCCACUGGUUGGAUACAUGCAGUGUGGACACCGGAAGAUGCUCUAGUUUUUGGAGGAAACUUUCUGCAUUCGUACAAUAUGUCAACUCAACUGCGGGUCCGUGAUAUCGAAAUUUCGACCCAUGUACCGAAAAAGUUCCGAUUUCCGCAUUUUGUGAAACUUUGCUGGUACGCCGCCGAAAAGUACCUCCGGGACCUCAAAGCGAAGGAGGAGUUUUCACUUCGGGUGUUAACAUCUGUGGAGGCCCUGGCGGACUUUCUCGUCUCGGAAGUUCGGACCAUGGAGCGUGGGUCGGAGUCCGCCAAGCGAGAGGCGAGAGAACAGGUCCCCUCAGAUCGCGUGAAGGAUGCCCCUGGUCUUGCCCGAGAAUUGCGAUGGCGAGCGCGGCUAGCUGCAGGCUAUAACAGCGACGACGAAGGGUCAGGUCGUCGACGCGUCAAACAAGAAAAUGGUAUCGCGCAUAAGCGCAAACGAGAAGAUCACGGACACGAUGACGAUUCGAGGCCGUUGUUUAGGAACUUCCACCCCAAAGCAUGGGACGCCGUGUCGGAACAGGACAUGGGCACGGUAUCACGUGUUAUCAAGGUGCCUAAGUCGGCGCAGGAGCAUGCUGAGACGUGGAUGGACUGUUCCACUGGACCGCAGGAGACGUCGGAUGGGGAGGAGGUCGAGGUUCGGCGCCGGGUGGACGUGAUGACCAAGUAUCGGAAAGUAUCAGGAGGUGUCCAGAGGCAGCGGAUUGAGCGCGUAUGGGAGGACUGGUCCUGGAGAGAACAUUGA